AUGAAUCAGCUAGAGUCACUGGAUCUAUCAAGCAAUAACUUUUCUGGUAUCAUCCCUCCGAGCAUAUCCGCUCUGAAUUUUCUCAGUCGACUGAACUUGUCACACAACAAGUUGUCUGGGGAAAUUCCAUCAGGCAAUCAACUUCGUACUUUAGAUGCAUCGGGUUUCUUUUAUAACGACGGUCUUUGUGGAUAUCCUCUAAGUAAUUGCAUUGAUGUGACACCUUCUCAGGGCUCUUUCCAUGGAGGAAAUCAAGAUGAACGUGGAGAUUGGUUUGAUGACUUAUGGCUUUAUAUAGGCCUUGCAUCAGGAUUCAUUGUUGGCUUCUGGAUGUUCAUUGUGUUCAUCAUGAUCAAAAAAUCAAGAAGAAUUUCUUAUUUCCGAUCUGUAGACAAGGAGACUGAAAUCAAUACUUACAAGGAAGAACUAAGGCCAGAGGGUACAACAGAUGCUGUAACAGGAACUAAGAGGUUUGAUUCUAAUGUAGGCAUUUAA